CGUCCUUCUUGGUGCCGCAUAUUGUAUAUACCAUGGUUCUACAUACAUUUUCUCUAUAUACCUAGCUAGCUACAUGUCUAAACCACAGUAGAACCAUAAAUGGAUACUGUUGACAAAGUUAUAUAUUGUACCUUGCUCUGGCAAUUUUAGUUGCUGUUAUUUUAUUGAAACAAAAGCUCAGUGAUGUGGCGAUCGAUAAUCCGUCUGAAUGAUCAUGUAAAUAUAAACGCGAUUUAAGCUGGCAUUGAAUUUUGUUCUUGCACAGUGGUAGUUAAAUAAGUGUCCAGAAUAUAUAUGUAGGUUACCUACAUCACAACAUUACAAUAUUAACAUAUGGUAAAAUAGAUCAACUUUUGCCUGCAAACAUGUUCAAUGCAAUCAAGAGACUAACCAGCAAGAGUGAUGCACCUGCACCAUCAAGUGCUCCACUGUCUAAGGCCUCCACUCAUCAAACAAUGUCCACAUCACUGCAAAAGAAAUUUGCAAGAGGUGUACAAUAUAACAUGAAAAUUAUAAUAAAAGGUGACAGAAAUGUUGGUAAGUCUGCAUUGUUUCAACGUCUACAGGGAAAGAAGUUUGUUGAAGAAUACAUACCAACUGAUGAAAUUCAAGUAACAUCAAUUCAGUGGAAUUAUAAGGCCACAGAUGAUAUUGUUAAAGUAGAGGUUUGGGAUGUUGUGGAUAAAGGCAAGAAGAAAAAACACUUUGAAGGCUUAAAGUUGGAGAAUUCUGAGCUACCUGAGGAGGCAGCCUUGGACGCAGAGUUCUUAGAUGUGUACAAGGGUACAAAUGGGGUUAUAUUUGUAAUGGAUAUAACUAAAUCUUGGACCUUUGACUAUGUCCAAAGAGAAAUGAGCAAAGUUCCUCCUCACAUUCCUGUUAUAAUUCUAGCAAAUCAUUGUGAUAUGUCUCAUCACCGAACUGUUACAACAGAUCACAUCACAUAUUAUAUUGAAUCACUUGAUGGAAUUAGAACUGCCCAGGUUCGUUAUUCUGAGUCAUCAAUGCGGAAUGGUUUCGGUCUGAAAUUGCUUCACAAAUUUUUCAAUCUACCAUUCCUCCAGUUACAGCGUGAGACACUUCUGAGGCAGUUGGAACGUAACGAAGUAGAAACAUGUGCGACAAUUCAAGAGUUGGACGUGUAUGCCGAAUCUGACGAAGCCAAUUACUCCAACUUCCAGGAGACUCUGAACAAAAAACGACGCGAAAUGGCCGAUUCGAAUGCAAACAUUCCACCCGUCUCCAAUUUUCCAAUGUCAACGUCCAGUCAACAACUGGCAGCGAACAAAAUUACAACUGAUGUGAAACGCUCGCAAAGUGCGUCGAUUAUAAUUGGCGGGGGCAAACCAAUACCUUACGGAAAUGCUGCUGGUUCUAUGACUGUUCCAUUGCGUGUUUCAACCUCGCAAAGCACGAGUAAGUCAAGCAGUCAAAGCUCUGGUUUUGUUUCCAAGUUCGGUCCAAAAGAUCGAAGUGUGGAUGAUGGUCUUCCGGAUCUUCGAAGAUUAGAAGUUAGUCCGAUCACAUCUGUCGAGGAGUUCUGUCCUGAUGGCGGUCAGUUAGAUAGAAGUUUCCUUGACGAUGUACAGACUAGUUAUCCUAGCGCGUUGAAUGAUCCCGAAGACUCCGAAAGUGACGGGGAUACAGGUAAUCCACUAGUGUCAGAAUACCAAGAUGAUUUGGACCUUGAGGAGGUUAAACAAAACUUUCCCAAGAACGGUGGCAGUAGUGAGAUGGAAAUGGAUAUGAAGCAGACAAUCGACGAGUUUGACUCCACAAUCAAUUCGGAGAUUUCAGAACUUACCUCAGAUGCUUUUGAUACCUGGAUGGGGGUAGACACAAAAUGGAGGAGGUCUCCCGAAGGUGGUGAAGAUGUUAGCGCAAUUAGUCAGACGUUAGAUUAUAGUGGAAGUACCGUCUAUGAUGAUAGUACUAGUAUCACUUCUUCAAAUGUGCACAUGGAACUGCUCAGCUCGAAACAUAGCAUUAGUCCGCAUCCCAGUCAGACAAAUAGUGAUGAUGAGCAACCUGCUAGUUUAGCUGUUUUUAAAAAGGAACAUAAAAAAGACAAGGUAACCAAUAAGCAUAAAAUUUAUAAAGAGAAGGACAAGGAUAGGAAGGAGUACAAAUGCGAUCGUGACAAGCGCAAAAAGAAGAAAUCAAAUGAGGAAUUUCACGGCUCGCGGAAAACACGCGACGAAUUGGAGGAAUUUCUUAAUGGCUCCUCUAGUCCAGUAUUGGAUGGCGCUUACGAAGCUAUUUAAGAAGUGAGAUGGAAAUGAAUUGUUGCUAGAGGGUUGCAAUCAGUAAUGUUUGAAUGCCGAUGCAGUGUAGAAAUGCAGUUUAUAUGUAGCAAACUUAUUGCUGAAUUGGAUUCUCUUACUCAGCCUCGGUUGCCCAUCAACAUCAUGUGCAAGUGCACACACCAAUUUGAAGAAAUAUAUACCACUUUGUGGACAAACUUACAUUUAUAAGCAACUGGAAAUACUUUACGAAUGCAAA